AUGCUCGGCGGGCGUGACACGAAGCGGCUGGUGAUGGCGACAGACGAGCAGAGUCGCACCUGCAUGCACCUGGCAGCGCGUGAGGGCCACGUGGAGCUGGUCAACAUCCUGGCCGACAAGGGCGCAGACACAGAGGCGCCUGACCGCUUCGGCAAGACCCCGCUCCACUGGGCCUGCCAGCUCGGCCACAGGCGAACUGUGGAGGCUCUUCUGGAUUGCGGCGCUCGGGCAGACGCCGAGGAUCGCCGCGGCUGCACUUCGCUGCACCUCGCUGCUUGCUCGGAGGACGCGACCAUAUGCCGGGUCCUCCUCGAGCGUCAUCGCCGGCUGCUUGGACGCAGGGACUGCCAUGGGCGCGGCCCGCUCUUCUACGCGGUGCUCAACGCCCAUCCCGACGCACAGCAGCGUGCCACCCAGCUUCUCUUGGAGCACCAAGCUGAGGUUGCCGAGCAGGACGACUAUGGCAGGGAGCCCCUCCACUACGCUGCGGAGGAGGGCCGGCGGCCGGCGGUGCAGGCCCUGCUCCGGCGCAGGGCGGACCCACGGGCCGGAGACAAAGUCUCGGGGAUCACGCCACUGCAGCUGGCCUCCAACGAGCCGGUGCUGCGUGACCUCCACGCGGCGCUGGGCACGCCUGGGCCAGGCCACCAUUUCGUGCCCGCAGGCCCUGCCAGAGCCGCGGUGAUAGCUGGCGGGUGCGGCAGCGGCAGGGCGCUGCCGAGCAGGUCGCCAUCUCCGGCCGCGGGCCGCCGGCCGACGGCGCCCGUGGGUCCCGCAGACCAGGCAGCCGGGCUGGGCCCCGGCAGGCCGCUGCGCUGGGCCGAGCCCCCAACGCAGGAGAUCCUCGGCGCGCCCUUCCAGGUGCUGCAGGCUCGCUUCGUGAAGAUCAUGGAGCGCGUGCAGCAGGGCGGCCUCGACCAGAUGGAGCACGUCAAGCGCCCACACUUGUUCACCGGCUCCUGGAUGAUUGACGUCUCCACGCACCAGCAGCUGCUGGGGCAGACGUUCAAGUACGUCCCUGGCCCAGAGGUCUGCCUGAGAGUGUUCAACCUCCUGCGGCCCCCGGAGUCGUUUCCACCGACGAGGGGAGACGAGAAAGACAUCCUGCGGCACUACGGCGAAGAGCUCGACGCAGCCAAGCCAUGGGAUGGCGCCGACCCGUACAACACCGCCAUAGUCAAGGACGAGGACGACGUCACAGGUGCCCGCAAGGUGGAGCUUCUGAGGAAGAUCCAAGAUCAGAGGCAACAGCUGGAGGCUCAGGAGAGCCUCGUGGAGGAGCUGAGGCGCAGGUGCGAGCAGCUGAAGCUGGAGCUGCACGACCCCGAGUCCACGCGGGCGUUGCGAGCCCAGGUCCACGAGGCGCACCGGCAGCUCACGGUGCAGGGCGACGAGCUCCAGGAGGUGCAGGGCCAGGCGAAGAUGCUCGAGGCCACGGCGAUCGGGCUGAGGGAACACCUGCAGGAGGAGAAGGGGCGCAGCGCCGAGCUCCUGGCGCAGCAGGUCAAGGUGCGCACGCAGCUGGAGGCGGCGCAGAAAAGGAUAGGCUGGGAGCGCUCCCUGGAGAUCGCGCUGGAGCAAGAGAGGGAGAAGCUGGCCGGGGCCCAGGAGUACUUCCAGCAGUGCCUGCGGGACGCCGAGGCCGUGAAGAACGGCGCAGUGGAGGCCCUGCAGCUGCAGGUUUCCGAGCUGCAGGAGCAACUUCGCGCCGCGACGGAGAGGGGACAGCAUGCCCUAUUCGUGGACGCCGAGUUGGAGCAGCUGAGGCGCGAGGUGGAGAGGUUGAAGCAGGAGGGAACUGAGGCGAAGGACCGGAACAAGAAGGAGAAGGCGGCGGCGGAGGAGUGGCGGAAGAAGUGUUCGCAGCUGGAGAUGGAAAGGGUGGAAGAGCAGCGGGCGUAUCAGACCAAAGUGGCCGACCUUCAGCGGGAGAAGCUGGCUCUUGAGAAGCUGGUUGCGAAUUGGAAGGAUGCGGCGAAAAAGACGUCGCCCGUUCUGGACUUGCUGGUCCCGACCAGUAGAUCUGACCAGGCGCCCGCAGAGCCCGCAGAGUUCAUGGGCGACGUUCACGUUGCUAUCAUCAGCGCAACUGGUCUGCGGGAUGCAGAUGGGGCUGGCAUGGGCAAGUCCGACCCGUACUGCACCUGCAUGCGGAAAGGGGCACCGUCCACAGAGAAUUUGCUGAGGACGGAGGUCCAGGACAGCACUCUGCAGCCGACGUGGAACUUCACCGGUGUGAUCAAGGGGUUCAGCGUGAAAGGGGGAGCGCUGCUCUUCGAGGUGCGGGACCAGGACCCUGGACGAAGCGACACUCUAGGGCGAGCAGAGUUGAGUAUGCAGGAAGCGUGGUUCAAAGGCAACCAGGGACAUUUCUUGGAGGAGACCCUUCAGUUGGAAAAUGCGGGCGCCAGUGCUUCCGCCACGCUGAAAGUAAUUGUAGUGGUGGUCCCUGUGUCUGCAACUAAGGAGAGGCGGGCCCAGCUAAUGGGGGUUCUGCAAGACAUCGGCGCCGAUUUCAAGGGGGAAGUCCAUGUGGCCAUGGUCAGCGCUGCAGGCUUGCGAAAUGCGGAUCAGGUCUUGGGCAUGGGCGGGAAGUCCGAUCCAUAUUGCACCUGCAAGCCAAGAUUGGCACCGAAGAAGGCCAAGGCGUUGAAGUCUCAGACCAUCCAAGAAUCCUUGGACCCUGUGUGGAAUUUCACAGGGCAGGUGGCAGGGGUUGGCGCAAAGGGCGAUGCUCUCCUCUUCGAGGUGUUCGACGAGGACGCCGCCAGUGGAUCCGACAAGCUCGGGCGAGCCGAGGUGAACUUGGAGGAUAGCUGGCUUCGAGGCGGGCACUCUCAGGAAAUGGAGCUCACUCUGCUGGAUGCAGGCAAGGGCACAACUGCCACAUUAAAGGUGAUCGUGGUGGUUGUCCCGACUGACGCAACUCAGGAGAAGCGGGCCCAGCUAAUGGGGGUUCUGCAAGACAUCGGCGCCGACUUCAAGGGGGAAGUCCAUGUGGCCAUCGUCAGCGCUACAGGCUUGCGAAAUGCGGAUCAGGUCUUGGGCAUGGGCGGGAAGUCCGAUCCAUAUUGCACCUGCAAGCCAAGAUUGGCACCGAAGAAGGCCAAGGCGCUGAAAUCUCAGACCAUCCAAGAAUCCUUGAACCCUGUGUGGGAUUUCACAGGACAGGUGGCAGGGGUUAGCGCAAAGGGCGAUGCGCUCCUCUUCGAAGUGUUCGACGAGGACGCCGCCAGUGGAUCCGACAAGCUUGGGCGAGCAGAGGUGAACUUGGAGGAUGGCUGGCUUCAAGGCGGGCACUCUCAGGAAAUGGAGCUCACCCUGCUGGAUGCUGGAACAAACAUCACUUCCAAACUAAAUGUGAUGAUUGUGGUGGUUCCGGCGGCUGCUUCGCAGGAUGAGAAGGCGAAGCUCAUGGGCAUCUUGCAGACUGUUGGUGUUGCAUUCAAGGGCCAAGUUCACGUUGCCAUCGUUCGAGCCAAAGGUUUGCGAGCAGCGGACCCGAAGAUUCUCGGUUUGGGUGGUAAGUCAGAUCCGUAUUGCACAUGCAGACGCGGAAGAGCAUCGCCGAAGGACAAGCCAGCUUUGAAGACGCAUACUAUCUCUAAGACGUUGGAUCCCGAAUGGGAUUUCCCCCCCACCGUGGUAGAAAACAUUGCCGCGAAGGGUGAUUCAUUACUUUUCGAGGUGUUUGACGAGGACAAAAUCAACGCAGACGACAAGUUGGGAAAGGUCGACAUUCCUCUAAAGGACGAAUGGCUUCUGACGGGGUACUCAGAGGAGCUGACGUUGCCUCUGCAGGAGGCUGGGAAGGACAUCAAGGCGGAACUGACGGUGAAGGUGAUCGUUAUACCUGCUGGUGCGCCUGAGGACUUACAAGCGAAGUUGCUUGGGAAGUUGUGUCACGCUUGCGUGGUGUCUAUACACGCACAGGGCUUGCGAGCGGCAGAUUGGAGUCUGAUGGGUAAGGCCAAGUCGGAUCCCUAUGUCAAGUGCAAAAUACGCGAUGCCAGCGAUGUGUUAUUUAAGACACCCAGGUCGUCAAGAAGGAGUUGGAUCCCAAAUGGGAAGAGCGCUACCCGCUUCCCGCUCGAGCGAGGGGCUGCUGGCUCGAAUUCGAGGUGUCGGACUGGGACCGCGUCUCGAGCCAUGAUCUCUUGGGCACCGCUUCGCUUCUUCUCAGUGCAGAUCCGUGCCCAGUGGGUAAGCGGGAUGGCCCACACGAGCUGCCACUGGGCAAUCACAGAAAGGCUUCGGGUUUCCUGA